AUGAGCUUUAAGUUGAUACCCAUCUCGCCCGACUCGUUCGAGUGGCAGUGCUCGGUACUGAAACUCGGUGGCGUGACGAUUCUGCUAGACUGCGGAUGGACAGAAGCCCUGGACCCGAAGCUGCUGGCGCCUCUGAUACCCCACCUUGGCGAACUGGACCUCAUACUUCUGUCGCAGGCUGACUUCAAGCACCUCGGCGCCAUCCCCUACCUGCUCACAAAGUAUAACAUCACCUGCCCGGUGGUGUGCACGGAGGCAACCUGCAGGCUCGGGGAGCUGGCGUGCGUGGGCUGCCUUGAGGACAGGGCGAAGUACCGCGAGCCAGUGGGCGAGCUCGAGGUCGACGACGUGCUGAGGGUGUUCACGAGCAGGAUCUCUCCAGUGGUCUACCGCGAGACGUUCCACGUCAACUGCCGGGGCCGCCUCCUCUCGGUGAGCCCGUUCCCGUGCGGGACCCACCUGGGGAGCGCGUACUGGACGCUGAGCUGCGGAGGCCUGUCCGUCGUGUACCUCGUGGACUGGGAGCUCCGGCGCGGGCGCUACCUCGACGGGCUGGAGCUGGAACGGCUGAUGCCCGCGUGCCGGGGAGGCGUGCAGCGCUGGGAUGCCCUGAUCACCUCGCCCGUGCCGGCGCUGGGCUCGCUGCUGCCCCGCCGGGGAGCGCGGCAGGCGCCGCGGGAGGCCGCCUCGUCCUCGAAGGCCGUGGCGGCGGCGCGGAGUUCGCGUGAGCAGCUGCUGCUGGAGGAGAGUAUCAACACGCUCCGACGCGGCGGCACCGUCCUCAUACCGGCGGACGUGUCAGGAGGAGUCCCAGAGCUGCUGCUGCUGUUCGAGGCGGCCUGGGGCCAGGACAGGCAGCUGGCUACGAAUUACCCGCUCAUCUGGCUUUCGUCCAUGGGGGAGAUGGUCCUCGACCAGCUCAAGACGAGGCUGGAGUACAUGAGCGGGGAGGUUCUCUCCAGGUUCGAGGCCAACACGGCCCAGAACCCGUUUGUCCUCCGGAGCUUCAGCGUCUUCGAGACCCUGGAGGAGCUCCUCGAGGCCCAUCCGCUAUCGCGGCCGAAGGUGAUCGUCGCCUCCUCGGCGAACCUCGAGGGCGGCGACGCGCGGGAGCUCUUCCUGCGCCUCUGCGCGGAGCCCCGGGCGCUGCUCUGGCUCCUGGGCGUGCCGCCUGCGGGCUCCCUGGCGCGCCAGCUGCUGGACGACCUCGUGCUCCGGCGCGGGGCGCGCCGGGAGUGCCUCGGGGAUCUACGGGCG